AUGGUCAGUUAUGUUUCAAUAAUUAUAGUUCUGUCGACUACUCCCCCGAGAAGAUUCACUCACAGCUUAUCAGAUUUCAAUGACGUGAAUGAUGAAUACAAUUCAAUGACAACUGUUAGAUCAUCAUCUUUAGAUUUGCAUUCUAUUUUAGCCUUUAGAAUGUUUCCGCAACGCAAUUUGUUGUUUUAUAUUGCAGUUGAAGCAAUACAACAACAACAUCAACAGAAAGAAAAAUAUCAACGGCAGAAGUGCUGA